GCGUGCCCACUAUGGUCAAUAACAUGUACUGCUCAGCGGGGGGCCGUGGAACACUGAGACUCGAGCGCUGUAUCAACAUCACGACCUUGAAAACGAUCCUGCCCAGUCCGAGCCGUUGACGAACGUUUUCACUCUGCCAAGUCAAAAACACUCUGCUCUCGGCAGUAUCUGAGGAUAAUAAGAAGCGAAGGCUACACUCCACCUUCAUAGUACAUCCCUUACGGAGCGUAAAAACUGGUAGAUGAAUGCGAGAUAACAUUUUCACAAAAGCACAAUGACCGAACCCCAUGGGGAAGGCACAGUCAGCUCUGUCAAGGCCAUGGACUUGCCUCUGCUUGAGAGGCAGGCCUGAGGUAGGAGCAGGAGGAGCUUUGUUGACUCCUCUCUGAUGCUGUGACAUUGUCCGUCACCAAACAUCCCAGGAUAUCCAUCACAACCAAUAGCAGAUAUGGAAGAAAAGACCGACGAACAGUGCAUCGAGGACCUCAUGGCGGCUCUCUCGAUGGCAGAAGAGCCUGGAGAUACAAUUGAGAUACAGCCUGAAGAUGACAACGGCAGAAAGUAUCAUGUCGACAAGACUUUGUUACGCACGGCGUCGCCACAGUUCGCUGACGCUCUCACCAAGGCUUUGCAGGAGCCCUCAAAUCGCAUUCUGCUGUUUCCAGGUACAAAAAUGGUCGUGAUCGAGUAUUUCUUCCACUGGCUGCAUCACGGAAAGCUACCAUACAGUCAUGAUGAAGAAAAGAAGCUCUCCUCGACAAAAAGCUUCGGUAAUCAUCAAAGGACAGCAGUCUCACUCUGGCUUUUCGCCGACGCUUAUCGUAUGCCUAAGCUGCAGAACCUAGCCAUAAGAUACUACGAUUGGGCCAGCAAUUACGCGCCACCUCCUCUAGACGUCGUUGAAGAGGCUUUCGAAAUCGGCGACGCUAAGUGCCAGAUACGAGAUAUCAUCAUCCGCGAUGUACAAAAUACUUUCGACCAUCUCUCUGAUAGAACUCGGACUCCUUGGAAACGAUUCCCGGAGAGCCCUGAUGUCACCGUAUACUCGACAUCGACUGAUUGGGAAAUUUCACUCCUUAUGAAGCGAUUGAUCACAGAACACGACUCGAAGCCAUUUCGACCUGAAGACCUGUGCGUCGAUAAAUACUUGGUGAAGGAAGAAGCCGCGAGUGAGAAACAAAUCAGACAUCUCACAUUCAAGUCGGACUGCCCCCCUCAAUGAGAUCUGGCUGCGGCAGUUGGGCCGAAUGUACGUGUCAUUGCGUGGAUGAGACACGGUGGUAGGGACAAUUGAGAAGCACAUCAUUGCUAUUGGAGUGGUAUUCGUUGAGUUACACGUAGACUGGAAAAGUCUAGACAGCUUUCACUUUGACGACCAGCUCCUUCGUAGAAGCGGAACGAGAGGGCGUUUCUGUACUC